UCGGAGUUGUUUGUUGCCCUUCCAUAAAGGAGCCCUUCCUUGUUCUUGCUUUUAUUCUCUCUGGUAUUUGACGGAACAACCCCCCAGAAGCAACUUAGUGUGACUGGUAAAACAAAAUAUACCAAAAGCUCGCAGCAACAUAAAGGAUGAAGUUCUUUCUGAACGUCCUCCUGCUUCUGCCCUUGCUGCCCAUCUGCAUCUUAGAGUCUCUCCUGAAGCUUUUUAUUCCCAGGAAGAGAAAAUCAGUUACUGGAGAAAUCGUCUUGAUUACUGGAGCUGGUCACGGAAUUGGGAGACUGACUGCCUAUGAAUUUGCCAAACUUAAAUGCAAACUGGUCCUGUGGGAUAUAAAUAAGCAUGGACUUGAGGAAACAGCUGCUGAAUGCAAGAGACUGGGUGCAAAGGCUCAUGCCUUUGUGGUAGACUGCAGUAGCCGAGAAGAUAUUUACAGCUCUGCAAAGAAGGUAAAGGCAGAAAUUGGAGAUGUUAGUAUUUUAGUAAAUAAUGCUGGUAUAGUCUACACAUCGGAUUUGUUUGCUACACAAGACCCUCAGAUUGAAAAGACUUUUGAAGUUAAUGUACUUGCACAUUUCUGGACUACAAAGGCGUUUCUUCCAGAGAUGAUGAAGACGAAUCAUGGCCAUAUUGUCACUGUGGCUUCAGUGGCUGGGCAUACUGGGGUCCCCUUCUUACUGGCUUAUUGUUCAAGCAAAUUUGCUGCUGUUGGAUUUCAUAAAGCUUUGACUGCAGAACUGGCCGCCUUAGAAAUAACCGGAGUCAAAACAACAUGUCUCUGCCCUGUUUUCAUAAACACUGGCUUCAUCAAAAACCCUAGUAGCAGUUUGGGACCCACCCUGGAACCUGAGGAAGUGGUAAACAAGCUGAUUGAUGGGAUCCUGACUGAGCAGAAAAUGAUCUUUAUUCCAUCUUCUAUAAGCUUUUUAACAGUGGCGGAAAGGGUCCUUCCUGAGCGUUUCCUGGAAAUUUUAAGACCAAAGGUUGUUGUUAGGUUUGAUGCAGUUAUUGGAUAUAAAAUGAAAGAAAAAUAAGUGGUUUUCUGAAAACUGAUUUACCAGGUUUAAGUUGAUUUCAUCUAAUAUUAAUCAGGAUUUUAAUGUUUGGACUCCUGCUUUUCCUAAUUAUCUUUUUUUUCUUCAAUACCACCUUUUGAGGUUCUGGCAGGUCCUAAUUUCAUAUAAUACACAGAAAUAUAUUAGGAACUGAUUUUGUGGAAAAAAAUGGAGGAAAAGAGAAACAGUUUUACAAUAAUUUCCAAGAUUUUGUAGUUCAUUGAAGGCUUUGCAAGGUUUGUACUAUAAAUAUUUGAUACAUUUUAUUUUUAAUUACACUUAAACUUCAUAUAAUUCAUAUUUCAUUUUCUAUUCUACAUAAAAAUGGAAACUUCAAGCUCGCUAAAUAUAAUGAAGGACUAUAUCUAAUGGCAUUUCAUAAUGAAUUUCAUGUGAUGUAAGAAAUAUUGCUCAAACAUUUCAUCGUACACAUUACUACUGUUUUCUGAGAAAUACCUCACAUUCCAACGUCAGACACUUCAGCACAAGGAAACUAGAGAUGAACACAUGUUGCAAGGAUGAGAACAUCACUGGGAUCUGAGGCAGAGAAUUGGGAGAAUGUACCCAUAAGUGGCAACAAUAAUAAAUGG